GGCGCGCGCUUCGCGGCGGCCGCGGGACGGGCCGGAACGCAACGGGCCCCCCCGGACCCCCCUCCCCGGCUCCCCGCGCCCUGCCCGCGCCGGCUGACGCCGCCAGCGGCUCCGCAGCACGCCCAGGAUGGCGGAGAGACCGGAGGACCUGAACCUGCCCAACGCCGUCAUCACCCGCAUCAUCAAAGAGGCGCUUCCUGAUGGAGUAAAUAUCUCCAAAGAGGCUCGGAGCGCGAUAUCUCGAGCAGCAAGUGUGUUUGUGCUUUAUGCAACAUCAUGUGCAAAUAACUUUGCCAUGAAGGGGAAGAGGAAAACACUGAAUGCUGGUGAUGUUCUCUCUGCCAUGGAGGAAAUGGAGUUCCAGCGCUUCGUGGCCCCGCUGAAGGAGUCCCUGGAAGUUUACAGACGUGAGCAGAAAGGGAAGAAAGAGGCCAGGAGAGAUAAAGACAAGAAGGCAGACUCGGAGGAGCAGGACAAGAGCCGAGAGGAAGAGAACGAUGAUGAUGACGAAAGGAUGGAGGAGGAAGAGCAAAAUGAGGAGGAGGAAGUGGACAACUGAGCUGGCUGCUGGGGCUGGGGCUUGUUCACAGGGAUAUAAACGCUGUAAAUCAA